AUGGGCGACUUCAAACGUACCAUCCACCUCCUGAAGGAGCUACUCGUCCGAAUUCCUUUGAUCUUGAAAACGCUCGUCCUCCAUGGAAUUCAAAUGUCUCCCGUUAAGGGAAAGCAAGACAUCCGCACGGAACUCACUACGUCCAUCAUUCGCUCCUUCAUGACUUUCAGUGCUCCAGUGGAUAAGACGCAGAAGAAUAGUAUGCGCGACCCUGGCAUCAAGGGCCCCAUGUGGGUGUCCAAAGUCACGCUGCCCCGGCCAGAGUUCGAUGUGCGUGACGCUGUGAUACGCGCUAUUGAAGAUCUCAAGACGACAGGCAAUGAGACGUUUGACAUGCCCCCUGUUGCAGCAGUGGAGGCUGAAUGGACAGGCUAUCGCAGUGGAGUAGGCAAGAAGACACCGCAGCCCGAUCUCUCCGAAGAAGAAAAAUACCACCAGCUGCGGAGAGAGUCUACCUCUGAUAUGGCCAUUCUGUAUUUCCAUGGUGGUGCCUACUUUUUGAUGGACCCUUGCACGCAUCGCGUGCCUGUGGCGCAUCUGUCCCGUCUGACAGGCGCUCCGGUUCUCUCAGUGCGAUAUAGGCUUGCGCCGCAGAACCCCUUCCCUGCAGCAUUGGUCGAUGCUUUGACAGCCUACCUGUCACUUAUUCACCCGCCUCCAGGUGCCCUCCACAAGCCUGUUCCUGCGAACAAAAUCAUCAUUGCGGGCGACUCCGCAGGGGCCAAUUUAUCCAUAGUACUACUACAGACACUUCUUACUUUGAAGCGAGCCUCUCGACCGGUCCGCUUUCACGGCCAGGAAGUGGACAUUGAGCUCCCCGCAGGCGUAGCUACUAUUUCCCCCUGGUGUGAUAUGACCCGCGCCAUGCCCUCUAUCAUUCGCAAUCGCAAAUACGACUAUCUCGACAUGAAGACCGUUUCAUCCGAUGAUCCAGAUGAACCCGCCCCUUCCACACCAUUACCAUUCCCACCCAGCUCUGUAUGGCCGGUGACUCCGCCUCGUGUAGACAUGUUCGUAAACGCAAACAUGAUGCUGCACCCUCUCACCUCUCCACUCGCAGCAAAACCGGAACUCUGGAAAGAUGCCCCACCUGUCUUCAUCUCGACCGGUGAGGAACUUCUCACAGACGAAGGUCUUAUUCUGGCACGGCGCAUGCACAAAGCCGGUGUACCCGUGGUGGCAGAGCAGUUCGAGGGAAUGCCGCAUUGCCAUGGGAUACUGAUGAUAUCUACACCGAUGGGAAAGCGGUUUUUCCAGAGCAUUUCCGAGUUCUGUCGUGAUGCUGCAGCUGGUCGUGUCACACCAACCGGACAUUCGACGUGGUUCGGGCAUGGAUUACGGUCGACACGCGAGAUCCCGCUGGAGGAGGUCUCUGAGGUUGAUGAUGACCAGGUUGAUGUGCGCAUGAAGAAGGCUGCUGGUUGGCGAGUUCGCGAUGAGGAGGCGCUUCUGAAGGAGUGGCGUGCACAGGCGAAGCUGUAA